ACUCACUUGUUUUUGUUUCCUGGCUCCCCAGCUGCUCUGACCCAUCCCUCCCCUCUUUCUCUUUUUCUCUGCUCUCCUCGGUCCAUUCCAGUUUUCUCCUCUGCACCCUGCAGUUGUUUCUGAGUGAGCGAUGUGCUGUUCUGUGGGUUUCGCCAGGUCUCUGGGUCUGGCCCUGCUGCCUCUGGCCCUAUGCUGUAUCCUGGCCAACCUGCUGCUGUUGUUUCCCAUGGGAGAACUCACCUACAUCCAGCUUGACCGCCCGGCCAGGUACAUCUGGUACUUUGGUGGACUAGGAGGUGGAGGACUGCUGAUGCUGAUUCCAGCUGUGGUCUUCAUCACUCUGGGGAAAUGUAGCUGCUGCUGGAAUGAGAGCUUAAUGAUGUGCGGGUCAGUGUUGGCAGCUGUGGUCGGCAUGGUGGGGUCUGCUUACUGUUUCGUCAUAUCAGGGUUCGCCUUGGUGCAGGGGCCGCAGUGCUUCACCUCUUACGGAUGGACGUACCCCUUCUCAGACCAGGGGGGCAGGUAUCUGUUGCAGCCAGAGACGUGGUCACGGUGUCUCCAGCCGGUCCAUAUCGUAGAGUGGAACGUGACUCUGCUGUGUGUGUUACUGGGCCUGGCUUUGCUGGAGUUCAUCAUCUGUCUCUUACAGCUCGGCAACGGUUUAGUCAACGCCGUCUGCCGGCCAUGUUGCUAUAAGCAGGAGUACAGUCUUAACGCUUAGACAAAACACACGUGCAGGUGCACACAUAAAAAUAUACACAUACAGAGCAUUAAUGGACAUAUGCGUACAGCAGCAUGUGUUUGUGUGUGAGCACAACACACAGCCUUUCUACUUAGGCACACUAACUGUGCAGUAUCAUGGACACCUGGCAACUAUGUCAGUGUAUGUCAGUGUAUAUUUUCAAGCUUUCAGUUUGCCCUAUAAAAGUGGCAAAAUCACUAUGCAGACAUUUCAAAGGCAACAGGAUAUUUGUCCAUAAUAGCGUAAGUGUGUGUAUCGCGUAUAAGCCAUAGAGACAUAGAAAAAGGAGGAUGUGUUUCACUUUGUACCUAGUGAAAGGAGCCUCAGCAGGCAUUUACAAAUAAUAAAAACAAAGAACAACAUCCUAAAUAAUAAUAAUAAUAAUAAUGAUUAUAUUAGGUAUGCGGGAUAAUAAGUUUCACUAAAGUAUUUGUGCAGUUGUCAGUUGUCUUCAGAACAAAAAGACACCUUUUCGUGCCUUAUUUGUUUUGUUUUAUUAAAGCUAAAUAAGAAGGAAGAAGCACCUGUUGCUAUAUUUUUAAUAACAACUGUUCAUUUACUUCAUGACAACCUAUAUUCUGAAUAUUAUUAUAUACUGUACACUUUGUAUAACUUCGUAGAACCAACAGUUACACUAUCAGAAGAACAGAACAAACUAUUUUUUAGCAACAUAAUGGGAGUGGAUGGAGAUGACACAAUCAUUCAAAUCAAUGUCAUUACACUACUUAAGAUGCCUCCCACAUGUUGUUUUAUUAUGUUGGAAUUAGCUCUUGUGGGCAUUUCACUGGCAUUGUUGAUGGUGUCCUUGCAAGAAGUAAUGUACAUUUCCAUGAUUUUAGUUUCUGAAGGUGCCUCAAGAUUAUCAUGAUGCACCAGGAAGUGUCCUCUCUGUCCUGUAUUAUUCUUGUGGUUCCAACCUUUUUACGGUGUGUUGGAUCACUUUAUAUGAGAAGAUUUUUGUGUGUGUGUUUGUACAUUUUGUUUUCAUUUUCAGAGCAUUUUGUUGUAAAUUGUUUUCUUUGUGUCUUUCGGAUGCUAGAUCAGUGUUAACAGACAUGUUAUAUAUAUUUUAGUGACAUAUUUUUAUAAUGUAUGUUCGUUUGUGCUGCCUUGAAUA